AAGGGCCAGAGAAGGGGCGGUCACGUGACGCGACGCCCCGGGAGCGGCCUGAACUGAAUCGGCUGUCACGAAGGAGAUGGAGGCGACUCUGGAGCAGCACCUCGAGGACACGAUGAAGAACCCGUCCAUCGUCGGCGUCCUGUGCACGGACUCGCAGGGACUGAACCUGGGCUGCCGUGGAACCCUGUCAGAUGAACAUGCCGGGGUGAUCUCUGUUCUAGCCCAACAAGCAGCUAAACUAACCUCUGACCCAACAGACAUUCCUGUGGUCUGUCUAGAGUCAGACAACGGGAAUAUAAUGAUCCAGAAACAUGAUGGCAUCACCGUGGCAGUGCACAAAAUGGCAUCUUGACCUCUCAGACCUAGUCUCCAAACAAUUGUAGAACUCAAACCAAUCCUUUCAUCUCAUUUCUCUUAUCCUGCUCCAUGUUUAAGUGCCAGUACUUAGGCCAGCCAUUAAAUGUAAUACUUGCUUCUUUCUUGUUUAUUAUUUUAAAGUUGCCUUUGGCAAGCACGUAGUGAGAAAAAGUAAUAAGGUUUUAAGGCACCUGUCAAAAUCAAGUUCUUCUGUUUCGCUGGACUUUGGGUAUGGUCAAUAAAUAUAGCUGGAGAAAAGCACUGAGCUUUUCCUAGAUUGUAUAAGAUGUUUGUAUCACACAACCUAUAUAGCAUAAGAUCAAAAUUUUCUUUUAAAAGGCCUAUGAUCCCAACUACAUACCUUUUCAAAUUUUCCUAAAGCCCCUGUCUCAGAGUGGUGUCUGAUAGUGGGGGUGUGAUGGCUAAUUAAUCUUAAUUUCUCUAGCAAAGGACACUUAGCAUAGGAAAAAAUGGGAGAGGUAGUAGGAAAAUACUUUUAUGUUUAGUUUUCUGUUAAAAUAAUUAACUUUCUGAAAGUAAGGAAUGCAUCCUCUCUAAGUUAUAUGUAUAAUAUGCAUAACCAUGUAUAAGCAGGCAAGCAGAUAUUUGAUCUCCUGCAAGUGAAAUAUGAUCCUUGUUGGCCUACAUCAAAAGCAGCUAUCACAAGUAUUAGGAAAAAAUUGUAAUUUUAUAGUAAGAGAAAAUAUUUAUCUAAUACACUUUCAUGCAAUAAAUAUUUAUUGAAUGCC